UGCACUUUGUGUAUAAGAGCAGAUAGAUAGUAGCCUACCCAACACAAGCUUAACAAAUCACCAAAAAACACACAAAAUAUGGUUCAUCGGAUUGCUUCUCCAUUAACUUUGGUGUUGGUGGGUCGUACAGGCAAUGGAAAAAGUGCCACUGGAAACACUAUUCUUGGAAGAAAUGCCUUCAAAUCAAGGAUAAGUUCUUCCGGAAUUACAAAAUCUUCAGAGAUGCAAUCAUGUGUGAGGAAAGAUGGAACAGUCAUAAAUGUGAUCGACACUCCAGGAGUGUUUGAUGCAGCGGUUGGAGCGGAAUAUGUUGCAAGAGAGAUCGCGAAAUGUGUUGACAUGGUGAAAGAGGGUCUUCAUGCAAUAGUGUUGGUUUUCUCCGUGAGGACCCGAUUCUCACAAGAGGAAGAGGCUAGCAUCCGAACCCUGCAAGCUUUGUUUGGAACAAAGGUUGUGGACUUCGUGAUUGUGCUCUUCACAGGAGGGGACGAACUGGAAGACAACGAGGAGACGUUGGAAGAUUACAUGGGUCGGGAGUGCCCGAUGGCGUUGAAGGAUAUCAUAGCCGCAUGCAACAACCGCUGCUUGGUUUUCAAUAACAAGACGAGGGAUGAAAAGAAGAAGGGUGAACAAGUGGAGAAUUUGUUAAGGAUGGUGAAUGCGGUGGUGAAUAAAAAUGGAGGACAGGCGUACACGCAUGGGUUGUUUGCUAAUGUCAAGUUUGAGACCAAAUUGCAGGAUGUGAGAAGCAAGCUUGAAGAGCAAUUGGAGUUGGAGAGAAAAGCAAGAGUUGAAGCAGAAGCAAGAGCGCAAGAGAUUCAAAAACAAUCUAGUGAUGAGAUUCGAAACUUGAAUGACCGCCUACGCACCGCGCUUGAUAGGAUACGAACAACAUCGUGUCCACCACCCCGCUGCAAGCGCGGUGGUAGAACCUGUGUUAUUAUGUAACAACCGUAAAAAUAAAAUAAAAUAAAUAAAUAAUAAUAAAAUUGUAAC